AUGGAGUUUCUUGAAUAUCUUGGGGAAGGGUCGCAUGCGCACGUUGUGAAGGUGAAAAUAAAGGGCAAGGACUACGCUUUAAAACUUUUCCGUUUCGCGUAUGACUGGGACUGGACGGGCCCUGGUGAGUACCCUAUCAAUGAAGACCGCGCCCACUUUGCGCUGAUGGCCCAAUAUGCUGAGCCGUUCAACUGCGAGUGCCGUGCCUUUGGACGUCUGCAAGAGUCGGGCCACACGAAUCUGGCCUUGGAGUGCUACGGGUACAUCUUGCUGGACGAGGCGCACGAGCUUGCGCUCCAGGACAAGUUCCACCUCGAAUUCAACGGCAGCAUGGAUGUACCGGGCCGAGAAGACCAAAGAGGCAACUGUCCCGGCGCGCGGACCGGCAAGCCUCCGCCGAUCCGUGGUAUUCUAAAGGAAUUGGGGAACCCCGAUGACAUCAACGACGAUGAUCCGCCCAACCUCAGCGUGCCCGCGGCACGCAGGAUUCUGCAGGAUACGAUCAAGUUCCAGCAGUUGGGCAUCAUCAAUCUCGACGUGCGCCGCAAUCAAAUGUUCAACAACCGGUUCUGCGACUUGAGCACCGCCGUGACCGUGCCACAUUUCAUAACGACGCCGGAACUCAACCCGCAGCUGCUGCCGCACGAAAAGCAAAUGCUGGAACGCGAGACAUUCUUGACCAGCCGCAUGGACUACCUUGCUUUUGAACAGCUGCUGUACGUGGCCCUCGAAGACCGCCAGCAGACGUCCAAAGUGUUUCAGAAGGUGCCUGCAUUCCCCACAGCGACACGGCGCGACCGUCGCUAUACGGAGCGAUACAAUUUGAGAAAAAACUCCCGCCGACGCUUGCAGAAUGCGGAGGGCGUCUACACGUAUGUUGACCCACGGCGGUACGACUGGAAGGCGCGCAUCAACACUAGAGGGACGGGACGCCGGAGGCUUUCACGCUACCACAUAAAAAAGCUGCCAGAGCGAUGGUAUUACGAGUGCACACCCGAGGAAGCUGAGAGCAUCAAGUACGAGUACAUGCCUAUCUUGGCGCUAGAAUACAAGGUCAAGGAUGGCUUGAUAUUCCCCGAAGAUGAGGGCGUCGGGUUGUGGCUUUUGAGACAAAAACAAAUGGAAGAGAAAGCGACGGCAGGCAGCGACGAUGGUUCAGACUGUGCGAACGAGGAGCAUGCUUAG